AUGGAUGAAUCCUUUCACUUUGCAUUGCUAAGAAUAUCUAUAGCUCAAAUAUUGAAAUCUUCAGGAUUUGACAAAUGCAAACCGUCGAUUUUGAAUAUUUUGACGGAUAUCUACAUACAAUAUUUCAAAUUAUUAUUAUCUAGAACAUUGAAAUUUUCCAAUCAAAGAGUUAACUGCAAUGAUAUUGGGAUCCAAGAUGUAACACAAGCAAUGCUAGACAUUGGAUUUAUAAAGCCAUCCAGUUUUGAAAACUACCUAGACGCAUACGAUAUACCUAAGCAUCAUAAUCACAGAGACAAAGAUUCGAAUGUACAUAAGGAAUACAACACCAAGUCAAUCGACUCAUUUAUUAAUUGGUUAAAAUAUAGUGAUUCAUUUACAACUAGUCAAAAGCUAUCAGAGAUUCCUAGAGAAUAUAUUAAAAACUUAAUUGAUAAACGGAAGAUUGAUGACUCUGCAGAGACUGAUCAGGAUAAGAAGAGGCGGAAAUUACGUGAAAAGCAAGAAUUUUAUAAUCAUUUCAAAACUACAGUAUCUAGUGAUUUACCAAACGAGGAAAAUGAAGAAGAGAUUUCGAAGCAAGACCAAUUAUCGUGGUUGGAUUAUUUAGCAGAAAAGGACCUAAAGCUUGGACAUGACUUGAAGUUCUUGGGCACGAGCUUAGAACCUCAGCUCAUUUCAUUACAGAAUAACGAGAGAUUACAUCCAAUACCGAAGUCUAAAAGGCAGCAAAUUCUACAACAUAUUAACAACGUCAACAAACAUGAUCACAUACUUCUCAAUCUCGAACAAGAAGACGAAGAAAACACCAUAACGCCUCCUGUGGAGUUGUUAAAAGUAUUACCAUAUAACCUCAAGUAUGAUAAAAACUUACUCGAAGAUGACUUAGAGCUGUACUUUGCCUACUUCCAAAAGCAUAACCAACAAAGUGAAAACGCUGAAACCCACGAUCAUGAUAGUGAUCUUGAAAACGAACAUGACACCAACCACAACGGUCUCCUUGUUAACGAUGACGGAAUAGGAGGUGAUAAUAAAUUGAUGUUAUAG